CUUGAAGUUACCUACGCUUUAUUCCAUCACAAAUGGCAAUUCUAUUCUCUUAAUAAUUAAGGUUAGGUUCCAUCUUAUCAACAAAAACAAAAGCCAAUAAUAAACAUGAUUAAGUUUUGUGCAAAUUUAUCAUUUCUCUUCAAAGAUAAACCUUUUUUGGAAAGGUAUGCCUCUGCGCGAAAGGCCGGUUUUCAAGCUGUGGAAAGUGGGUUUCCUUACGGAUUUUCAAAAGAAGAAGUUGUUAAUGCUAAAAAUGCAGCUGGAAUUGAACAAAUACUUAUAAACACUUUGACAGGUGAUGUGACGAAAGGAGAAGUUGGAUAUGCAGCUAUUCCUGGCAAGGAAAUUGAAUUUAAGGAUAGUAUACAAACAACUAUUGAAUAUGCAAAAGCUCUAGGAGCGAGAAAAAUUCAUAUAAUGUCCGGGAGAGUCGAAGGUGAAGUAACUCAAGCUCAUGACGACGCCUAUGUUGAAAACCUCAAAUUUGCAGCUAAACUUCUGGAGCAAGAAAAUAUUUUAGGAGUAAUUGAACCCAUUAAUAAGUACUCGGUUCCUAAAUACUACAUGAACUCCUAUGAAAAAGCCAUAAAAGUCAUAAAUGCUGUUAGUAGUCCCAAUAUUAAGCUACAGUUUGAUAUUUUCCAUUUGCAGUUAAUCAAAGGUGAUAUUACACAUACUAUGCAAGAGGUAAAGCCUUUUAUUGGUCAUAUCCAAGUAGCUCAAGCUCCUAACAGAAAUGAACCGGACUCCGAGGGAGAAAUAAACUUCAAAUAUGUUUUUAAAGCACUGAUAAAAGAUUCGGGAUACAACGAUUGGAUUGGAUUAGAAUAUACGCCAUCAAAUGACACUGUAGAAGGGCUUAAAUGGAUAAAAACUAUGGGAUAUAGUCUGUAGACAUAGUUUAUUUUUAGUUUUCUUCAGGUACUUGAAGAAACAUAAGAGUUUUUACUUAAAUUUAAAAUGCAUUUAAUAAUUUUAAUAUAAUUUUAUUGAAUUUCGUUUAUAUAAAUAAAAAGCUAUUAAUGAACGUUAAAUUGUAAUAAUGCUAUUAUAUUUGGUAAAUUGCCCUUUUUCUUAAAAUGGCAAUGUAUCCAAUACAACUAUAUAAAAUUAUCAUAAAACACAAGUACAUCAAGUUUUGAAAAACCUUCUCAUAACUAGGAGUAAAGUCAUAAUUUUCUAGAACGGCAGUUCCAUUGCGAUAACAGGGAACAUUUUCUGUUACUGGGCAAAGAUCUGAAAAUAGAAAGGUAUUUUGCUUCAAUGUAUUAUAGGCCAGGGCAGUUAGCAAAAAUAGGAGAAGUUUUUGCAAUCCAGCUGAUUUUUUCACAGAGGAUAGUACCUAUCAAUGGUACUCUGUAAAAAAGAGUUACACCUCCUAGGAGGCUUGCUUUUUCCGCCAUGAUGAAUUAAAGAUGGCGACUGGUGCUAUUUUUGAAAAAAAUCGUAACUUUCUUAUCUGUCAAGUAAAAAAAAAAUACCUUUGUUUUUGACUGCAGAAUGAAAUAAAAAUAUAAAAUCAUUUUGACAGGUUGUAUUUCUGUCAAAAAAAAAAUAAGAAAAUAAAUUGAAUUGGUUUUCUUCAUACAGCCACAGGAAAAUUGAAUCACCCAAGAUAAAUUAAAUGAAUAUUUUAGAUAAAAGAUUCAAACAUAAUAUCAUCUUUUAUAUUGAUUUUUUUUUUUAAUACCUACAAAAAUAAACUAGUUGAGUCUGUGACCAAUUUAUAAC